AUGAGUGGCAUCGAAAAACAGACGACGGGACAGAACUCGCUUGCCAACCCGGACUGCAAGCCGCUCCAAUGGAACAAGACCGGCUAUUCUUCAUUCAACCAAUUCUAUCCUUAUUACCUGGGCGAGCACUCCCUCCCCAUCACUCGCCGCUUGCACAACGUCGGAACGACCAUUUCACUCGCUACGCAUGCUCGCUUCUGGCUAAGCUUCUUGCCGGCGCUGUUCCCCAAUGCCAAGCAGCUUGAGCGACUCAAUCUCUCGUUUCCACGCUGGAAGCUCUUUGCUGCAGGCAUAUUCAGUGGCUAUUUCUUUGCAUGGGUGAGCCACUUCUUCAUCGAAAAGAACAGGCCGGCUACAUUCAAGGCGCCGGUAUAUUCAUUGAUGGGCGACAUGAAGCUCUGGUGGGAGGUCGUCACUUUCCAGCGAGCCUUCUGA